AUGUGGGGGAACACACGGAGGGCGAGCUACGAAGCCAGGAAGCUGCAGGGCACACGCGGGGGCCAGCCAGGCGCCAGGCAGAGCCGGCAGCGCGGCUUCUCAUCCGCUUCCUUGAAAGCGCCACCCGCGCGUCCUGUGGAGCGACGUGCACACGCGCGGGCGGCCCUGCGUGGCGCGCCGUCCCUAGCGCCCGGGUGCGCGCCGCCGCUCUCGACCUGCGCUCCGCCCGCGUGGCGUCGGGCUGCCCGGCCGGGGGCGUGCCAUGCCUACGUGUGUGAACGUGUCAGAAGCGGGCACUGGGGAGCGGCUUCGGGAGGCGGGCGGGGGCUCCUCAGGCCCGCGCGGGCCCGGGACUGGCGGAAGCAGGGGCACCGCGCGCCACCCCGCGGACUCGCCGUGACCCCGCCGCCUCCCGGGCGCCCCUCGGCUCGGGCACUUCACGCCGGGUCGCCGCCCGGGCCCCGCGCAGGGGUGCGGCCCACGGCGCAGUCGCGCCGGCCUGGGUGGGAGGGAGGAGCAAGGAGACACUCGGCCCGGGCCGCGCCGCCUCAGAGCGCGGAGCUCGCUGUGGCAAAACUUUGAAAAGAGAAGGACUCCGAUUACCUGAGCGGCGCGGGCGCGGGCUGGUCUGCGAUAAUAAACAUCCCUGGAGACAGAGACUGCGAGAGACCUUGGCAGCCUCCCCGCGCCUACCACUCGCUAAACGUGUAUUGUUUUAAAAGAGAAGGGAGAAGAUAAGAGAUGAACAGUUUUGAAGGGAAGACAAUACAAACGUGAAGCAAGUUUUGUUUUUCUUUUUUCAAGUGGGGUAAAUUAGACAAAUUACCAAUGGAAGAGAAGAACGUAGAGGCUGGAAGGAAUUUAUGAGGCUAAGAGAAGGAGCUGAAGUGAGAGAAGGAAGAAGGGAAGGAGGAAAGAAGAGAGAAACAGGGGAGAAUAAAAGCCUCCAAGGAACAAACAAGGCUGCGAGAUGGGGCUGAAAAGGAGGGAGGAAGGAAGAGAAGGAGAGAUAACACCAAGGAAGGAAGGAUAAAACUAGGCUCUGUGGGAAGAGGGGAGGAAGGAAGGAAAGAGAAAUUCAGCUAGGCCCAGUGGCCAAAAUGCUGAGGUGUGUCCUGCAGAGAGGGGGUGGAGGAAUAUGUUUACUCACUGUUUAGAAAUGCAUGACAAACUCCAUCCGCUGAGGGAGAUUUGUAAAAUACAUAAACAGAUAAACAACUGGCUAAAAAUGAGCCCCGAAUGAGGAGCCUUUGCUCCAGUGAAUGAGAUUUGGCAGUUCUGCAAAAUGAGGAAAUUCUUCCUUGUGCGGCUUCUUAAGGGGUUGAGUCAUGAAACCCACAGCAAAUGUUGGUGGGCUGGAUUCCUGAAAGGCAUGCCAGAUGGAUGCAUUCUGGUUCGUUUUACUGUGUGAUGUUCCCUUCUGUACAUCUGUCGGUUUUAGAAGAAAGGAGUGUGAAUAAAGAUUUGAGAAGUAAACUUAAAAAUAAAAGCCAAACUAGUUAUUUAAUGUAUGAGUAUCCACCCACCAUGAGCUUACAGUUACAGAUUCCAAAACAAGUAACCACUUCUCCCACUUUUCAUUUCCCUCCCCUUGGUUUCUACUUUCACUGUAUUUCUUUUUAUCUACUUUUAUAAUAUUAUUUUUAAAGUGGAACUGCCUAGAGGAAAGGUGCUUUUAAUUAAUACGAAAGAGUGGAAAGAAUUUCAGCUAGGCCUCUCUAAGAAAGUAAAGCCUUUUGAAAGAAAGGGCUUUUAGCUGAAGUUUUAAUGACAAAGAGUUGGCAGAUGUGAAAUCAGAAGUUUUUUUAGACAAGCAAGA